AUGUACACUGAAAGACUUUCUUCCGAAUUGGCUGCUUUAGUUGCAAGUUUGGAUGCUCCAAUCGCUACCACCUCCAUCCAACCUUCAGCCGCUCAGUCAACCAUCUCAAACACUGCAAUCUCAUCAGCUGUUACCGAAACUUCCGCUGUCCAAUCUGUUGUUCCCUCUGCUGCUGCUGCUUCUUCUUCUUCUUCUUCUUCUGCUGCUGCUGCUGCUUCUUCUUCUUCUGCUGCUGCUCAUUCUACUCUUGGAAGCACCACUUCUAUUGAAACCACGGCAGUUGAAGCAUCUAGCUCGCCUUCUACUAGCUCUGAACAGAUCUCAUCUGUUGAAACCUUUUCUGAAGCAGCCUCUCCUGCUGUAACCACUUCUGUUCUAUCUACCUCAAGGUCUCUAUCUUCAUUACCUCCAGCUCCUAGCACUUCUACUGUUCAACAAGAGGGAAACAAUACCUUGACUUCUGCCACAUUGAGUGCCACAUCUGAUUCAUCUUCCAUUGUCAGUUCCUCAACAGCUACCAACAGUGCAUUGCAAUCUGCUUCCAAUAACAUCACCUCUGAAGGGCAACACGCCUCCACUGUUUCCACCACUGACACCUCCUCGAUCACUAUUACAACCACCGAUUGCUCGACUUCAACAGCAGCUUACUAUAAUGGUACUUCCACGUCUACUAAAACUAAAAAUUUGACAGUGGAAGAAACUGCCACUGUCUGUGACGAAGUUUGUAAAUCCAAGAGCUCUGCUUCUGCUGCCUCUGCUGCCACCAAGACAAAGACAAAGAACUUAACAGUGGAGAAAACUGCCACUGUCUGUGACGAAGUUUGUAAAUCCAAGAGCUCUGCUUCUGCUGCCUCUGCUGCCACCAAGACAAAGACAGAAAACUGGACUACCAAAGAAACCGUUACCGUUUGUGACGAAGUUUGCCAGGUAUCUAAGUUGUCUGCUUCUUCUGCCUCUGCUGCCACUGCUAAAGACACCACAACAACCAAAUACGUCUAUACCACCGAAGGUAAAACUGUUACUUGCACUGACGAAGUCUGUAUCUCCAAGGCUACUGCUGCUUCCACUACUACUAACGCUGGCUCAGGUAAACCCUCCGCAGGAGCCAAGACCCAAGGGACUAACACAGUCUCUACUAUCAAAGUUUCACAAGUGACUACUAAGUCAGGUGCAAGCACCCCAGCCAGUGUUCAACAACAAACCGAAAACAUUGCUGCCAAGGGAUUGGUAGGUUUAGGUUCUGGUAUUCUUGGGGUAGCUGCUGUUUUGUUAUUGUGA